AUGGUCUCCCACACAGGUACCGCUGCGGCCUGCUGCCGCUGGUUUGGGGGCAGAGUCUGGUGUCUCUGGAUGGAGAGGAAGACCACGCAGGGGGUCAGCCCAGAGGUGGCUCAGCCCAACAGCGGCUUAAGCGACGGAAGCUGGGGCAGGGAAAGCCCUGCCCAGGGCCGGCCCAGGAGGCACUCAGAUGUGAACUGUUGGGAUUUCUGGCUGUUUCGCAAAACUGAUGCUCACCCAUUUCGACUCCUUGUUCCCCAGCUGCAGGACGAGAAAGGAGUGCCGAAAUCCAGCCAGUACGAGAUGCCGUGCUUCACUGCUGACCCCCGACCCCCACACUACCUCGACAGCUCAGCCAUCCUGCCUUAUUUCAGAGCGAUCCAACCAAUACUCAAUAACCAAACUCUUGAUGUGGUCAUAGAACAUCUCGACAAACUCGAAUUUCAACGUGCACCGAAAACAAACGUUUCUGUGCCUACAGAUCAAUUUGAACAGAAAAGAUUCAUCUUGACUAUUUUAAAGCAGUUUUCAAACUGCCUGAAUUCUGACUUAAUCCACCAGCCCAGCCUCCUCCCGAGAAAACAUCGGACAAACCAAGAUUGUGGGACAUUCUGCAAAAUCCCUGACCGGUCCUCUUCAAUGGUGUCAGGGUCAGGAGACUUGCGGGAAGACUGA